CGAAGCUAACAAUGAUACCCGCCAAUAGAGGGCGCUGUUUACAGAGUUGAAUCAAUUAAACAUGACUUCUCCCUAGAAUCACCGAAUUAUUAUGUGACAAAACUUACAGUUACACUGCGAGUAAAAGCUAUUUGCUUCUUCAGUUUACUAUAAAAGGCAGUGGUGGUGUGCACGAUUCGGGGUUGUUUAAUUUUAACAACAAACACAAAAAAUGGCUGAAGCAGUAAGACCACGCAAAAAACAUAGAAAAAAGAAGGAGGGAAGAAGUAGCAAACAUCAAUCUGAUGACAGAACAUCUCAAUUGCUCCAAGAUGAUGAAGAUACUGAAGAAACCAAAAAGGAGUCACAUGGCGCUCAAGGAUGUGCCAAGCCCAAUGCUGAGGAGACCCUAGAACCUGUCAAGAACCAAGACAAAGCUGAUGCAAACACUCCCCCCUCUGAAGAUGUCUGUGGGAAAGAUCAAACCGAAGGCAGCUUCUUAGAUCGGCCUGAAACUAAACAAGAGAAAGAACUUUCCAGAGUUAGGAAGUUUGAUGAAGACACUACCGAAUCUGGAGGAGCUUCUCCAACAAAUAUUGCUGAAGUGAAAGCCGCUGAUGAGCAAUACCCUGAAGGAGAAGUCCUUAAAGAAGCUAAAAUAAAAGAAGAAGAAAAUGUAGGUGAUGUCAACGGGGAGAAGGGGUGUUCUAGUGGCACCAGUCUAGAGAGAGAUUUAGACGAGAGACCAAAUGAAAGUAGCGAACAGAAUCCAAAUUCGUGUUUAGUUCCCGAGGAAGAUGGACAAGGAGAGAUUAAAGAAGAAAGACAUUUUAUCGAAGGUAGUGAAAUGGAUGAUAAUGCAGAGGGCGAAACUGACACGUCUAAGGAAGCCAAAGAUCUUAGAACAGAUACAUCUCCCGAUAGUAACAUUCUUGCUGUCUCCGAUACCAUCAGAGAUGAAGACUUUGAAAUAUUAGAGGAGGAUGAGAAUCCGAUCGCCUCAGCACCGCCCGACUUGGAAACAAGUGGUGAAACCACAGAACUUCCAAUUAAAAUAACAGCUGAACCAUACUCUGAAAACACCCGCAAUAAAGAUAAGAUUGUAGAUGGUGAAGGAGCCACAGAUGAGUCACAGGAGCAACUUCCAAAAGCCAACGCCCCUCCUGUGCAAAAUGAAGGUGCAACUGGACAAGACUUGGUGUCCCAAGCUACACUUGCAAAAGACCUAACGCAAAGCCAGCUUGGGGAAGCAACUGCCGUCCCUGUAUACGCAGAGCAUUACGGACAGAUAGCGAAUCUGAGUGAAGAGCUCGUAGUUACCGAGAGCUCAAGUCAGAUUCUGUCUCAACAGGCAUUGUCGACACCAUUUGAGCAUUUGAGUCCAGGGACGGCGACAAAAAGUAAUGAGGAUGUAUUGCGUACUGAGACCAGUGGAGGCAGUCUGGUAUCACAGCAGGAGGGAGAGACAGUACAGCCCAUGACGGUGGAUGAGCUGGAAAUAUUCUACCAUAACCCAAAGCUGAAGCAGCAAGAACAAUUUGUGGAACGAUUUGCCCAGCUUUGCAACAUCGAGCGACAUGAAUUUUAUGAGUUGGUGAUAAACUACUUCAAGGCUCGGAAUAACAUGCUCGCCAUCAGAGCUGAUAUAGACAGCUUACAUCAUGAGUACACAUCCCUCAAAGAGCGACUGUGGACCAUCAAAGAUACACACGUACUCGCCAAGGGUAUGUGCGCCGACAACGUCGUCGUGAAGGAGAACUUUGUCUUCCAGACAGUGCAUUUUAAUCAGGACGUUCACCGCGACUUGGAGAGGCACAUGAAGUACACUCGCUCCAAUUACCACGACACGUUUGCUCUGUGCUCGUACACGGCCCAGCUCUCCAAGCUGCAGAUUGAGUCUUACAUCCACCAGUUGUAUUUACGGAAUCCCCUACUCAUGGAUGUCGCCCAGGAUGGUCCAGUCACAGCUCAUUUGUCUCCAUUGAGUUCAGAGAGGGAAUCUCAAAUGGCCAAACUCAGGGACUGUAUCUCCGUCUUAUUCUGCUUCCAAAGACGGCCGGUCAAUGAUGUGGAGUUCUUGAAGACAUCAAGAAGUUGGCUUGGUAGAAUGGUUGCAACCUUCCUCAGAUUAGCUACACUUGAGGAUCAUCUGUUUCUGCUGAACCACAUACUGCGGUCCCCUGCAGGUAUCGAUGAAUGGGCAGUGAGCUACCUCCAGAUAGCUUGUCCAUCUCAUCCAUCACAACGAGGGGAGAGCAGCGAAAGGUGGCCGUACUCUCUCGGCAGCCCUGUAUUGGAUCACUUUGUCAAUAUGCUUGCCUUCUUCAUGAGGCCCAUCAAGUACAGGUCAGAGUUUCUGGCCAAGAUCAAGAAGUCUGUGACUCCAAACCCAUCUGAGAAACCAGGCCCUUUCAACUGGACGUUACUGGAUGAAGACGGAGAAGAGGAUGAGGAUACUGAUAACACCUUACUGAACGAGAACGACCUGGUCGCCAUUUUGGCUCAGUAUCCAUUUGAUAAAAUGUUCAAAUACGUCCUGCAGAUGACGGACUCGGAUGGAGAGUCCUCAUACUCUGUGGAGCGUGUUGGGAGCCAUCAUAUCAUGCAGUUGAUAGCCUUUGCCUCAAGCCUGAUCCAGGUUCUACAUCAAGGGGUGCAGACGUUCAACAGGUCACGCUAUCGGCAGUUUGUCAAGCGGAUUGGAAGACUAAUCAGGCACACAGUGCAGCAGGUCUCCGAUCACUGGCUGAACUACCACAGUUGGCGUCGGGAUGUUUGCCACGACGCCGAUAAUGUUAAGCCGUCCAUCGAGCCACUUGAACUGCAGCACAGUCUACAUGAUCUCCAGGGGGAAUUUGACCAUUUCUUCUUCAGAGCGACAAGGUGUAUCAUGUCGGCUCCAAGACUUGGGACGUGGCAGUUCAUGACCAACAUGCCCUACACUAGUCUAUCCUCCGUCAUGAUGUGGAACCUGCUGUGGUUCCUACAUCAGAAUGAACACAGCCGGGGAGAACCAACGCCGGGUUCCAACUCAAGAGAAGACGGCUACACCUGGAGCCUUUCUGAUCCAGCCAAUAAGGAUGAGUUUGAGGUCAAACUAAUGGACAUGCCCAUGUCGGAGGUCAUCUACCUACUGACGACCUUUGCCAACAUGUGCAGUGCUCGGUCAGCGAAAGAGAAAUACUUCAUAGACUUUGUGGUGGAGGAAAUAUACGAGUUGUCGUACCUAAGAACUCACACCAGAGAAUUCUGUUCCAAGAUUGGCCGUGAGCUUCUUUCAGCCAUAGCAACCACCCAUCCCUUCAUCAUCUCGACACUGCUCCACCAGGUCCAAAAAAGCUCGCAGAAUGUUGGCGCUGUGUCGUUGUACCUAUUCCGUGGACUACCGCUACAUCUAUGGCAACCCCUGGAGCGAGACAUCAUCAUGGUGAAAGAGUGGUUGCUUGGAUAUGAUCUUGCCAAGCCAGAGAACCAGCUUGCUCGAUUGGUCUUAUCUAAGAUGAAUUGGGGAUACAAUGAGCAGGGGGAUGCUUUAUUUCUUGACCUCCGUUUGCAUCGUAACUCAGCCAUUUUUAUCAUCGAAGCCUACAUGAAAAUUCUUGCAACCAAAUCAUCUCAAGCCUCAAGGCUGGGUACAGGUCCUUUCUCCUCACAGGAACACACGUUUGAUCUCUGGGCGUGGGAACUCGUCGCCAAGUUACGUCUCCACCGGAGUGAUCAACCCAGCCAGCCCCUCUUGGCAUCAAGAGAGGGCGCUAUUGAUAGCACAUUCGGUGCGCUACCCGAUCCUGAUACUGACACGACCCUGUAUCCGUUGCAGAAAGCACUACAGAUGAAUGUUGCAAUUGGUUGCUAUGUGUCCAUUGCAAUGACGAAAACAGGGCACAGUAUUGAUAGCUUCAUCACCAAAGGGAUACCCAACUUGAUCACUCUCCUCCAAGCUGGUUGUCAGCGGUUCUGCCUCCCCCUUCUUGCAAUGGUUGUGCCCAUGUUUCUAGAUGAGGAUCACCCAGAUUACCUGCUAACCAAUGAGAAGUUUCUUGCCAUUGUUCAUCGUAUCCUGCAAGCCGACCAUCAGAGCAAUCGAUCCUCAUCAACUGGAAGUAAUAUAUUCCCUGGGAAUACAACGUCACUCUUCGCCGGCAUGGUCUUGACCCAGCUGCAGAGAUCCCUGGCCCCAGGGACCGGAGCCCUUCAAGCGGAGUCCGUGCUAGAGUUCUGGUACAGGCUUCUGACUGCUCGCAGUGGAUGGCACUUGGAUCAGGAUGUGUGUUACAUCUUAGAUGAGGUCUUAUCGGCAAUAUUCUGUAACAAAGGUGGAUGCGCCGUGGCAGAGAAAGUCUUACUGGAGAGUUACAAGCUAGGAUUAAAAAUCUCACCAAGCAAGGAUGUCAAAUUAGAACCUAAACCCCAAGGUUUCCUCUCAUCAGUCCUAUCGUUUGUAUCGUCCGGGUCACCGUUGCCUAGUCUCCUGGACAAGCAGAGCAUGGAGAGACCAUGGCUGGCUUACUGCAUCCUGUCUGCAGAGACUAAGUAUCUAGAAAGCAUCAACAUCUUGAAAGAAGUCUCUAUGGAGCUGUGUAGUGAUACUUCAAUGACACCAGACGCUGGGCUAAAGAGAGCAUGUCAGAAGCUUAGAUUUGACUACGCCUUGACUGUAGGUCGCCUUCCGAUCUAUCGAUGGGCCCAGUUAGCUCUAGAGACUGACAUCGAUCAUCCUCUACUCCCGGUCAUAUGGCAACGAUUCUUCACUAUUUACCUCCAGAGAGCUACGGCAGAUACAGGAGUUUCUCAAAGAGGCAGUGUCGGUCAGCGCUACUUCCAGAGCAUCGCCAACCUUACCUACCUGAAGAGAUUGAAGAAGCGACUCCGCCAAACAGCAGACUUCCACCACGAGGCCAGCCGUAAGAAACCGCCCCCUAAGAUAUCCCCAUCCUCCUCUUCCUUGGGUUCUGAUGACAAGACAGAGAGCACAGAGGAAGAGGUCAAAUGGGAAGGACUUGAGGAAGGGUUGUAUGAAAUGAAGGUGGAGCAAAGUCGUAGUCUUGUGCAGUUGUACCAGAUGUAUCUUCUGUGGUUAGAGGAGCCUCUACUGCAUGAUCCAAGUCUGUAUCUACCAUCGUUACCUCUUCAGUACGAGGCCGAAAAGCUGUCAAGAAUCUUCAAUGGAGAUCAGGAUCUAUGGAUGGAGUACGUCAAUGUGAGUAAGACCAACCACCACACUGUUCUCUUAGUCAAGUCCUGGAUGGGAAUGAGUCAGCCAGAGCUCAGUACUUCAGGAUCAACCUCCGGGAUCAUCUCUGAAGAAGACCUGAUCAAUUCAGCCACAAGUCGUAUAUUGAGUCGACUAACUAAUUACAACAAAAGAUUAGACCCACCAUCCCUGGUACCUGUGGUCCCACCGGUACCAGAUGUACCUAAAGAACUCCUUGUCAACAACCAUGCAAUGCUAGUCUUCCUACAAGAUGACAUCAAGCAACUUCUCUUCUAUGCUGACACAUUCUCAGACAGGGAAAAUCAUAACGUUGUGAUGGACUGUGAGUAUCUGGAGAUGGUACCAGAUCUUUAUGCCAACAAAAAGACAGAGACCCAUGUCCAGAUUGCCUGCAAGAGUUCUUAUAAUCCCAUGUAUCAAUGCAAAGGGAAAGCUGUUGUGACGGUUAAGCAUAAAGAGAAACAGCGCAAUGACACAGUCUUCCGUAAACUAGAAGAAAACAGAGUGGAGUUCAAACAGUUGUCCAUCGAGUCACUGUCUCCGCCCCCGCCCACUGUCGUUGUCUCAGCCGUGCAUAUAGAGAAUGCUAUAACUGACCUGAUACAUUUAACUCGAGCCUUAUCGGACAACUCUGCAGAGUUUGAAGCCGCUAAGCAGACUGGCAUCAGCCUCCUGUAUCACCUCGGACAACAGAUGAAAGAGAGUGCCAGACACUAUCCACCCACUCGCCAGUUCUUCUCAUCCUGCAUUGAAAUACUAGGCCAGGAAUUCAUCCGUCCCUACCCGGACCAAGCCCAACCUUUAUUGCAAGCCGUCCUGAGUAACUGUAACUUGGCCGGCCUGCUGGCUCCUAAUCUUGCUCCCAACCAUUGUGGUGAUUCCUUUGUUCAGAUGUACUGUGAUGUGGUACGGGUCGGCAUGAGUGACGUCCAGGACACUGCAUUUAUGCUGUUGACCAAGUUUGACCCUGCCCAGUGGCUGAGCAACUGCGAGCCUGCACUGGCUGUACGUUCUCAGUUCAUUGAGGUGCUUGGUGAGGCGUUGGUCAGCUGCGGCCUGGAAAUGGACAAUCGAUGCAUGAUGAUGUUUGGGAUCUACAGGACUCAUCUUCAGGUCAUGUUGAAGCAUCACUUCCCAGAGCAUUAUGGAGAUGUGUUGAGACUCAUACUCAAAGGUUCGGAGGAACGCUUUCUCCAUAAGGAUAUCUGGAAGGACACUCUGGCUACUUUAGGAUGUCCAUAUCUGAGCAUCAGCACUGAUGCUAUCAGUAAUGAGCAGGUCCAGGAACUCAUCAAGAUGCUUCCAAUUCUCUCAUUGCAACAGUUGUUUGAAACAAUCGACUGGCUGACGGCAUAUUUCAGUCGCCAGCGAAGCUCCAACCCACAGAGUGGACAGUUUGGUCUCCAUAGUAACUGGAAGCUUUAUCAUGAGCCGUUGAUCAGUUUUAUUGGGUACAUCGGUCUGAAUGUGGUCAUUCUGGAGGCUCAUCGAGUUAUCGAGGCCAACCUUAUCGUGGAACAAGCUGUUAGACAUCUGUGGAGUGUUGUGACUGGACUCUUCUCACCGUGGAUUGUUGCCCUCGAGGUCCCCUCACCAACCAAUCCCAACACUAAUCAGUUACUACCUCCCUGGAUUGAUGGAGAUGAAGUCCCCGCUGGAUGCAUGGUCUCCAUGUUCUCCCAUGCUGUAGGAUGCAUUCAAGCACAGUUCCAAGGUUACCUAGCCCCUCCCCUAGCCACCCCUAUGACCAGUCUGUGGCCGUUCUACUACAACACCUUAGCCAGGAAGGGUCUUCGAGUUGACAUUCUCUUGAUGUACCAUCAGCAUCUAGCCAAGUUGCCCUGGAAUCAUUUUUACCCUGAUCUGACUGCCAUGGAGCUGAUGAUCCAAAUCUUUGAAGACAGAAGUCAAAGUUGCUUGGAGUUUCUAGGCAGCAUUUUCCCCCAGAUUCCCUGGGGACAGAUCUGUGAUGGUUACUGCCAAGGGUCGGAUACCUCAAUGUCAAACAGCUUCUUGUCCUACCUUCUAAGCCUACUCGUUAUCUUCCUGAAUGAAGACAACAUCAUGAAAACCCAGGGUGUGGCCAUGCAACAUCUGUUAGCACAAGCCAAAGAUUUUCCCUGGCAACUUCUGGAUGUGAGUUCUUAUAACUGUGCUGCAACGUGGCAGACAGAUCGCUGCAAUCCAAAAUGCGUACUGGGCCUGCCUGAACAGAGUGAUCACAAUUCUACCAGAUGUGGUUCUUCUGUUGCUGCUGCUAAUUAUUCCCCUGUUUCUAGUAUGAGUUUGAUGCAUGAGGUGGCCAGGUUUGGCAACCCGUCAUCAUCUGAUUCAGCUGAUGAUUCUUCUAAGAGAGCGGCCUACGUCAAGCUGGUCGUACGUCUGCUCAGUAAAUGCUCCUUGCUCAAUGAUGCUCGCAGUGACUGGUUCCCUCCUGCUGUGCACCAGUUACUCAAUGAUAUCGAGUUGCUUUCAACUGCAGGUGGGCCGACAUCAGUCAGACAGCAAGAGCUAGCCUCUCUCCUCUCCACGCUGCUGACCUUACUCAACAACUGCUCACCGAUCCACGAUGCUCCGAACGCAAUCUUGGGCGCGAUAGUCUCAUGGUUUGAAGCCUCAACGAGUAGCGCCCUCUGUAUUCCCUGCAUAACGGCAGCAUGUCGCACGUUGGCCUCGAUCAAACAUCUGGCAGUGGUCGUGGAGGCUUGUAUAGAGGCUAACUUCAACUCUAAUAUUGACUUGUCCCCUGACCCGUCCCGUGGCUGGACCAAUGUCCUUCAGGCUCUUCAUGUACCUGAGCUCACUCACCAAGAGUUCUUGGGAGAAUGCUCCAAGCAGGGAUCCAUACUCACCCUGUACGCUUACCUAGGUCAGAGGUCACCAUUGUGUCAAAGCCUGGAAGAGGAAUACACUUUGUAUACUGAGCUGGUGGACUGGUGUGUGAAAAACAAGCUCAGACCUGCAAAUGAAGCCAAGGUGUUCCUAUGGUGGCACAAAGCCCUUCAGAUGACGCUCCAUCAAGUUGAGUUUGGUGCUCCCCAUUGGACCCUAUCUCGCUCACUGAACAACCUCAUCCCUAGUAUGGUGACUCAAGGCGAGGAUCGUAGCUCAUCUGGUAUACUUGGCGCCAUUGGGUUCGGCAGACAGUCUGAUCUCUCCUACAGAUUCCGUGUGAUAGCAAGAAGUAUGGCCUCUUUCAUCUCAGCACAAGUCCUCCGCAACGGGACAAUUCGUAUGGAACCCAACGAUCCAGGUGCCAUAACACUACAUCGAGAUACGCAUCCCCAAUCCCCGACAACUCCAGACGUGCCCAAGCCAUCCAGUCUCGCCUAUCAAGCAUUGAAACAGCUCGAUGCAGCCAUCGAUAAUAAGAACUACGUGGGACUCACUGAGCAUGCACGUUACUCAAGAACUCUCGUCUUGGAUGGGAGCAAGACCCUCAAGGAUGCGAUGCAUCUGUUGGGGCAUCUUGUGGCGCUGAUGUUCCCUGAGAAGCAUUAUCUGUCGGUAAUACGAGUCCUAUAGAUGUAUCCUGCAACCAUUCCACUGCUGAGGUACCACCCCCAUUGCCAUGCAUAAUCAAAGUCAAAUUGGCCUAUUUUUAAUAACUAUCAUACGGUAUUUGGUCAAAGAUUCCAUUGAGCAUAUUAUAUUGAGCAAAUUUCACGAAUAUGCUAGGCUUAAAAAGAUAACAGUAAAGUACAUCACUAUAUAGCAGAUGCAGCUUGCCAGCCAAAAUAUCAUGUAAUAUGUUUUGCCUGUGACUGGCUCCCUGCUUAAAUUUACCUUGCAUUCUUUCAUCAAAAUUUGCCAUAAUUUGGAUACAAAGUCAUAAGGUGUAAGCCUUGCUGUUUUGCAGAAACUGGGCGUAAAUUUGAUAAAAUCACAAGGGUCAAAAUUGGGUGUAAAGUUUGUUAAAAUCACAAGGUGUAAGCCUUGCAUGUAGAAAUUGAGCAUAAAUUGGAUAAAAUCACAAGGUGUAAGCCUUGCAUUUUUGUUGAUAUUUGGGCAUACAUUUUUGUAAAUUGGAUA